AUGACCACACCCUUGUGUGGUCGAUGCCAGUGGAGGCAAAACAAUCCCAAAUCCGGACGAUGUGAAACACCCCAGUGCACCAGUUGUGGGAAGUGCUAUGUCUUUCUUGACGAGUCCGAAUGCCCAUCAUGCAAGAAGAGCAACAACAACAGCGGUCUCUCAGCACUUCUUCCACCUCUCAAUCCACCUUCAUCGGCCUUGGCAACUGCUCCUUUGGGUCCAAACAUCAACACACCUUCAAUCGCGUCUAGUCUUCCACAGGAGCUAUUUCAGGGUGUUUUGAGUCAGCCAAGUCACCCGUCAACCUCUUUUAUCAAUCGCUCUCGACUCGAUGUCCCCUAUGGUUCUCAAAUUUUAAAUUCACAACUGCAAGGAUCCAUUCGGGCUUCUCAGUCCGGGAGACGAACUGUUGGAAAGCCAAAGGGGAGGAAAACGAAGCAAAUAGAGGAAUGUACAGAGGAAGAUAGCCAAGAGAUUGAAAUUCCAAUGAGUUUUUUGUACCUCAGUGGAAUCGGCAAGUCAACUAUUGUACAUCCACUGACACCCCGUAAAUUCAAAGUCAAGUUGAACGAUUCGGAUUGGUUCUGGAGUCUAGGUUGGGAAGUAUAUGCCUACUAUCUGAAAGAAGCCGAGGAUUCAGCAUGGCCAUCUGAGCAGCUUCAGAGAGCUAAGAAGAUCCAUCCUCUUCCCCCCGACUUUUCAACUACGUACUGUAUCAUCGCAGAAAAUGGGAUCUCGGUUUCAAAAGAGUCAAUGGAAUCAACAAUUCGAAAGAGCAAAAAGCUUGAUAAUAAGAAGUUUGGCUUAAUCUUCAACAUGCAGAAAUACCUCGCCACUCUUAAGGAAGCUUCUCCCGAGCCUGAGAACCUGAAGCCUACGUCUCGAAAACGCAAGCAAAAGUGUAUUGUAAAAGUGGAUGAAGAUGAUUCAACAGACGAACUAGACGAACUGGAAGAUGAUUUUGAGCAAUCUUCUUCUCGCACUCAAAAGCGCAAGCAAACCUAUUUAUCAUCUGAAUCCGAUGAAAUAGGCGAAAUCCAUUCUGAUACUGAUGGUAUCCUAAAUCAUCCGGCCGGUUCUCAACCCUCCAAAGGUACCCAACCAAUCCUUAAGUUAUGCGUCAAUGCACCUGAUUCAUUCCCUGGCAAUGAAUCAAAACAAAUGGCAGAAAGUUCACACGGUCAUGAUGAUUACCAAGACACUCAGAAACUUUCCACCACCCACAAGGACAGUUUCUCGGUAUCUGUACAAACUGAUCAAACACUACCAAUACAUGAUGUCUUGUUAGGGCAGUUGGAGCAUGAUGAAUCUAUGUCCCUCGAAAGCUUUGGUAAUACACAUCAACUCGCUCCCUCUGCAAGGCCGAUCCUUCCAUACCCCCCUCGCCCGAUUGAAUUGGAACGAAGGGUGGCUACUUUCGCUCAUCACUAA